GUUAUUUAUUAAAAUAAAAAUUAUGGGGUGGUUAAAGAAUAAAUUCCUUAAAAUAUGCGCUAUAUUAAUUUUUGAAUCCGCUAGCAGUAUAUAUUGCUUACAUGUAGUUCCUACGUCGUAUCCCUGUUGCGAUAAUAUAGGUUCAAUAUCAAACUUUGGUACUGGUGUGAUAUCUACUCCAGUAUAUCCACUCAAUCUGGAUUCUGAAACUGAUCCCUUCAAAAGUGGCCAAAAAGCAUUCGGACUUGUGAUGCCACCACCAUUUGCACCCGACGAUGAUACAAGUGCUGGAUAUCAGACCAAGGCCUACAGUUGUUCCUUGAUACCGUGUCUCGAAGAAGAAACGACAGGGACAGUGUGCGCCUGCAAUUUUAAUACGGGCAAUGUUGUUACUUUUAAAAAUAGUUGCGAUGUAAAAAAACACAAUUGUCGCUUUAAUACAGCAUUCAAGGUUAUUCUAAACGAGAUUUGCCCGUGGGAAUUUGAAUCGAGGCGAAGUAAUAAAAUAUUUGAAGUAAAUUAUAACGAUCCUAAAUACUAUAAUAAAUAAAAAUUAAAUACAACAUGAACAAAGAAAG